AUGGAAACCUGCGUUCUGAUACCCAAAGAAUUUUCCCUGGCACUCGCUAACGAUCGCACUAACUACAAGGGAUUUUUCAAGAAUGAUUCAGGCGGCUUAGUGACCGACGUCAGGAUAUCUGUAUGGUCCAACGUGCUUAUUCCGGCGGGCACGUUGAUCUACCCCUUUCAGGGAUCCAUCCGAUUCGACAAGAUCGAUCUCUACUCCCUCUUAGAUGACAAUGAUAUCAGACGCGAGUACGGCUGCUAUGAUGAAGUUUCAUUUUCAAAUUACAGCCUCAACAAGCGUCAGUGCAAUUGGAUAAGAUUCCUCCGUAUAGUUCAAUCUUACGACGAACAAGUAAACUUAAUUGGUACCAAAGUGAAAGGGGAUCCAAUCUUUGAGGUAAUAAAAGAUGUUCAACCGGACACGGAAUUAGUUGCUUGGUUCCUGCCUACAGCGGAACAAGAUUUCGUCUUCAUACCGCACGACAUGUGUUCGAGGUCUGCCCUGUACAGAUGCACCAUCGACUCCAUUCUAGACGAAUCCCCGUUGGACUUAUCCAUGGCGUUGCUCUCGCAUCAUUCGUCAUCGACGAUCUCGCAUCCGUAUUACGACGUGGACGAAUACGAGUCGACGUCGGAAGAGUCCUCGUCGUCAACGUUAUCGUUGACAGGCGAUCACUUAGAUUGCAGCAUUUUGACGACAAUUAAAAGAGGAGAAAGGGUUCUGCUCCCGUGCGAAGUCUGCGGGAAGUCCUUCGAUCGGCCUUCCCUCCUCAAGCGUCACAUGAGAACGCAUACAGGUGAGAAACCGCAUGUUUGUAUGGUGUGCAACAAGGGCUUCUCAACGUCGAGCUCGUUGAACACACACAAGCGAAUCCACAGCGGUGAAAAACCCCAUCAGUGUCUUGUUUGCGGUAAGAAGUUUACGGCCUCUUCCAAUCUCUAUUAUCAUCGUAUGACUCACAUCAAGGAAAAACCGCACAAGUGUUCACAAUGUUCGAAGUCGUUCCCAACGCCGGGAGAUCUCAAGAGUCAUAUGUACGUGCAUAAUGGGCUAUGGCCAUUUAGGUGCCAUAUCUGUAGCCGCGGUUUCAGCAAACCGACGAACCUUAAAAACCACAUGCUACUGCAUCUCGGUAGGUGCUCGAAUAAGAAGAUCGUCAAAUCGAUUUCAGACUAUUGAACAAUACCCCUCGACGUUUCUCGAGAGAUUUCUGUAUUUAGCUACUA